AAAAUCAAGCCAUUGGGAAAGUGCUAAAUCCAGCAAAGGGGCAGUGUCCGCUCGUCAUUUAAUGGAAGCCACGAAGAAGUAACAUGUCCAUUCUGCAACAUCAACAGAAGAAGAAGAACGGCGGCGUCAUCUCCACAACAAACCGGCAGCCAACAUGGACCACCCUGCGGAAACCAGUCAGGAAAAUGAGUUUAACGGCAAAAUACAAGAGCGGCUCCACAAACGGAACCAGGCGCGGGUGGAGGACGCCGAGCGGAAGAAAGAAUCCCAGCAGAGCCAGUCUCUCGCCGAGGAGAAGAGCUCGUACUUCUCCAGCAGCUUCUACGAGCAGCGGGACUCCGUCCAGCAGCUGCUGUCCAGCUGCGCCGGGGCCGACAGGGCUGCUGCGACCCUGCGGCUGGAGGAGGCCACGGCCCAGAUCCUGCUGAUGCAGAAGUUUCUGAAUGACAGCAUGCCGUUUCUCACGUCCUUCCACCUGACGAAAGCCCAAGCCGCCCUGCAGAAGCUCCAGGCGUCUCUCGCCGAGACCCGGGAGGAGGCUCUCCCCAAGAAGAAGUUUGCUUUCCGAGCUCGCAGUAAAGCGGCAGAGCCGGUCCCAGCACCAGCACCAGCACCAGAGGCGGACAGAACCCCCCCUGAUGCUGCCAGCCCUGCGGAUCCAGGGACAACAGGCGUGGACGGAGCCCCACCCUCAGACCUGCACGGUUUCUCCCACAGGAAGGAUGAAUUUCUAAGUAUGACAGCAGAGGAGAUCCUACACAGAGACUUGCUGUUGACUCAUCUGACCAAUUGCAAAGUGCGUCUGUAUGGUUCCCCCAGCACCCUGCACCUGAAGCACAUCGACAGCUGUGAGAUCCUGUGUGGUCCUGUAUCCACUUCAGUGUUUAUAGAUCAUUGCAAGGACAGUACUCUGGCCUUCCCCUGCCAGCAGCUGAGGACCCACAACACCACGGACACCCAGGUGUAUCUACACGUUACCAGUCGGGCCAUCAUCGAGUACUGCCGAGGGAUGAGCUUCGCCCCAUUCUCCUGGUCUUAUCCCACUUUGCAAGAUGACUUUUCUGCGUCUGGCCUAGAUCAGGGCAGGAACAACUGGAAUCAGGUGGAUGACUUUAACUGGCUGGCUGCAGGGACACCAUCCCCAAACUGGACCGUCAUCCCUGAAAUGGAAAGAAAAACCACCUGGGACCCUUAGGUUUUAUUAUUUGAAUUGUUUAGAUUUAACAUAUUAUGAUGGUGAUGCUACUGCCUUACUUAGACACCAGUCCACCUAAUUAACAUAUAUAUAUAUAUAUAUAUAUAUAUAUAUAUAUAUAUAUAUAUAUAUAUAUAUAUAUAUAGCCUUUUCAUAAAGAAAUUCACUUCUUGGCCAAGAUGAGUUUGUGGUUCACAGUAGUUUUAAGCUUAAAGAUCCUUGUUAUGUUUCUUUGCACGUUUAAGGUUAAUCACUUUGUGCAUGUAAGUUGUUUGAAAAAGGAGUUUAAAGUGUUCAAACUAAUCUGAAUUGUGUAAACCCAACUUCUAUUUGGUUUCUUUGCCAAAACCUGAAAAUAUCCAGAUUGCUGUAAUACAAGAAAAAUACAGAAAACCCUAAUGAGUGUAAAGUAUCAAUCAACACUUGAGGAUUUAUGCUUGAAUUAAAUCUUCAAAAUGAUUAAUUUGAGGGUGAUUUGAGCAAGCCUUUCAUUACGUGAAUUUAGUUUCAACAUUUAAUCAAUUUUCCAUGUAUUACAUGUUUUAUUUUGGUUCCCACUCAAGACAUAUUGUUCUUAGAGCAAACGUAGAUGUUUGACAUUCAGAAAACUCCAGCUCUGCGACAUUAUCCAGAGGUUUUCACGACUGGGAAAUCCUGCUGGAUUAUUCUGGUCUGUUUGACAUGAAGGAGAGGUGUGAUCAUGCCUCGUUGGGACCCGGGAACACAAACUCAAUUACCUGAGCACCGAACACUGUUAAUCCCAUCAACAACUUUUCCCUUGUAAAAGAAGGAACUGUCAGUCUGUUUUAGUGUUAAGUUAAAUUUAGAAGUACUUUUCCCUAAUUAUUUCCAAGUUGUGGCUUUCUGGUAAACUAAUAUUUGUUCAUUAAUAAAAAAAAUUAAAACCCAUUGUUUGACUGUAUACUACAAAAUAAAAGCUUUUCAUGUCACUGUAGUUAAAACUUAAAAUCUCUACAGCAGCCAGAAAAGGUUUCAACGUAAAUAGCUUGGUGCUGAGUAUAAUACAAAUAAAUAAUCUUGAAGCU